AUGCGUAUCUGGAACGAAGAAAUUUUCGGUCCAGUGAUUCAGUUAUCCAGUUUUUCGAGUGAAGAAGAAGUGGUUCGGAAGGCGAACGACACGACGGCUGGGCUAGCUGGUUACUUCUACACACAGGACGUGGCUCGGAUCUUUCGAGUUGCCAGUGAGUUGGAAUGCGGUAUGGUAGGGGUGAACAGCGAGUUGGUAACCCAUGUUGGAGCUCCGUUCGGUGGAGUUAAAGAGUCCGGCAUUGGGCGUGAGGGCUCAACUGAAGGUCUGGAGGAAUACUUGGAGAGUAAAAUGGUUUGCAUUGGUGGGCUAUAG